GUAUGUAGCAAGAGCACGCUUCGUGUUCACAUUCUUUUGUAGCUAGCUAGCUAAAUCAUAUGUUAGGUAACUUGUUAAUUUCACACAACAGGUGUCAUCGUUUACAGUGGAGAAAUCCUAAAAGAUGUCUCCUGGUUUGACAAAACUUCCCUCGAGCUGAAGAUGAGCCAGCCUUGUAACAGAUGAGAAAAAAAUUGGUGUCUAUGACAUCUUUACCACAGUACAUUUUUCCACACAUUUGUCUUUAGAAUUUAUAAAUCUCCCUCAUUCAGUUUCCUUAUCCUGCAUGUUGAGAUGGAUAUCUGAAAAGAACUGUAAUGAUUUCACACAUCAAGAUAAAUUAGUCUGGAGGGAGAGCGUGUAAACACCUUUUUACUCCAAAAAGUGAAAAUUCUUGGUGCCUGCUCAAAUAUUUGCCUAAGAUGUCAGGAUUAUUGUUAAACCUAGAUGUGUCCUACAAUGGUGAAACCAGCUUUGCUGGGAUGAGGAAGGAGUCAGUUGGUAAUUCGAAGCACCAGAGGUUUAAGAAGAAGCGUCGGUUCCUGGAGCGUAAAGGUUUCCUCCAUGACAAGCAGAUUCAGUGCAGACAAGGACAGGGACCAAAACAAACCUUAAAUCGAGGACCCCAGCCCAGGAAAAAUCGGGCUAAGCGUAACUUCAAACACAAUCUAUCUCCCCUUGACUGUUCUGUCCCCAAAACCAUACCAUCCCAGAGCCUACCCAAGUGGCCUUUGUCCAAGACAAACUCUGCCUCUGCCUCCACCCAAUUCAAAACCUGCUCCAACUCCAUCCAGUCCAAGAGAUGCCAAGACUCCAUCCCUACCUCAUCCCAGACCACCACCAUCUCAGCCACCUCCCAGAGUCUUGUUGCUGGCCCAACCCGCUCUCUGGUCCUUGGGGGAAAGGCCCCUUUUGGAAAUCCACUGAAGUACUUAGCCAUGGACUGUGAGAUGGUGGGUACAGGGCCCAAGGGCCGGCAUAGUGAGCUGGCGCGCUGCAGCAUUGUUUCCUACAAUGGGGAUGUGGUGUAUGAUAAAUACAUAAUGCCCACCAGGCCAGUAACUGACUUCCGCACUCGGUGGAGUGGUAUUCGUCAGCAGCACCUCUGCAGUGCGACUCCCUUCAUGCAAGCCAAGAGAGAGAUAUUGAGAAUCUUGGCCGGUAAGGUUGUGGUGGGACAUGCGAUCCACAAUGACUUCAAGGCUCUGUGCUACAGCCACCCAGCUUGCCUGACCCGCGACACCUCCCGCAUCCCCCUUCUGAACAAAAAGGCCGGUUUCCCAGAGAAGGAAGCUGCAUCACUGAAGAGGCUCACCAAGGCAAUUUUCAACCGAGAUAUCCAGGUGGGGAAGAAAGGGCACUCUUCAGUAGAAGACGCCAAAGCCACAAUGGAACUGUAUAAGGUUGUGGAGGUGGAGUGGGAGAGGACCUUGGCAUCAAAAUCUGGGCACUGAUAAAAAUAUUGAAUGGGCAUUGGGCAUUGAUGUCAGUCUUCAUGUAGAUGUGUAUUAGGAGGUACAUACAAAUGAGACAAUGUUUAGGGGUUCACUGCAUUUUUUUUUUUUAAUUUCAUCUCCGUAUUUGGCUUGGAUUUACUCUGCCUUUCAUACCAUUUACAACACAAAUCUUGUGCCCGUGCUUAAGAUUGGCAGAGGGAAUUAGUAACUAUAAAAAAAGAGUUUUUAAACUUUUGCAAUGUGACCACAAGAGGGUGGUCACAUAUUUCUGAAUGCUUUGGAAAAAGGACCUGUUUUAUGUUAUAAUAAGCCACUAAAAUAUCCAGCAAUUUUAUCUAAGUUAAUCUCUUUACAUGAUUUAUAACUGAACUUGCAAUGCUGAAUUUUCAACAGCAGAUUCUCUUGAAUGCAGGGUAUUGUUGUUUGAAAUGAGUUCUGAUAAAAUAACAUUCAGGCUGGAAUUGUGAGAAAAAUUUUAAAUUAUUUUCUUUGGUUUUUUAUGUGAAGCUAAGCACAAGUGAAGG